AGCCUUUACACACAGCAGUCAGUGCAGACUAUUAUAUAGACGAUUUGUCUUUUCACGAAUGACUGAGCUUUAUGCACGGCGCCUCGUCUUGAUUCCUUUGUGCGUGACUAAUGAGUCAAAACUCGCAAGUCGGUUAUUGGUUCCAACGACAUGGUCCACGCACGAAACCAUGCGUACGUUCAGCUCGCGAUCCUAAUUGCUUGUCUUACAAUUUGUUUUUUGUUUUUUUUUUUAGAGGGGGGAGGGGAGGGAAUUGAAUUCUCUCCUUCACUAUUCCCAGUGUAAUAUUGAAAGUUAGUAGUUUCUCCGCAUCUAAGCGAGGCGAUCGUUGAAUGUGCAAUGAUAGAAACCUUCUGCAUUCUUUUACACCUUAUUCACAGGUAUCCAUUCAUUCAUUCCUUUGUUAUUUAUUCAYUUGUUGAUUUUUAAUACACAAUAUCAUAUUUUAUCUAUCAAACUGACRCAUUUCUUUAUCAAAUCAUAUGUAUACGGUUUAUUCAAAUCUAUGUAUAAAGUGAAACCCUGUUGUCAUAACUACACUAAUCAAAACAUUCAUUUCCGGGUUGAGCCAGACUUCAGGUACUUUUGCACAGCGGGAUUACAAACGACAGAACUCUUCCGGGAAGUCCGAGAGAGGCUAAUCUUGUUUCUUAAUUUGGACGAAAAAUUCUAUAAAAUUGACUGACAAAGAACCACUUCAUGUCGUGAUCUGUUUGAUUGAUCUAUUAUCGUGCAAGAAUCUUGUAUCUACUCUGCAUCGUAUGUGAACGAGGAACAGUAUUCAGUGCAAUAAGAUUUCGUCACGACUGGACUCGGUACAAAGGAAGCCCAAUUUGAUAUACUAAAGACUUUAAAGAGACGACAUGAAAUGGUCGAAGGCAUAUUCUAUCGGUGAAUCAAAACUAGAAGCUGGUGAGACUAGAGAUGCUAUAAGAUACUUUAAAAAGGCCCUGAUGAUUGCACAGGAGAAUGGCUCCAAACAGGAAGAAACUGUCACGCUAGCAAAACUGGCUGACGUUUACCGUGAUAUAGAAAAUUAUCACGAAGCUGUUGAUUACUAUGAGAAGGGACUGAAAAUAGUACAAGAGACUGGUGACAAGAAACUAGAGUGUGCGAUUUGUUAUAACAUUGGCAAUGCGUGUGAUAAACUGGGAGAUUAUGAAAAGUUUAUGCAGUAUUCAAAACAAGGCUUCAAUGUUGCAUUAAGAAUCGGUGACUCUAGACUCACUGCAGAUUCUUAUGAAGGUCUUGGUCGUGCUUACCAUUCCCUGCGUAACUAUCAAAAGAGUAUUAAGUGCCAUAAAAAAGCUAUUGAUUUGUAUAAACAACUGAAUAAUGAAGAUGGAUUAGGGGUUUGUUAUGGAAACCUGUCAUUAUCAUAUCAGAUGCAAGGAAAGUACCAUGAUGCAAUUCGUCUAUUAGAGGAGAGUCUCAGGAUAAGUGUUAAAAUUGGAAGAAAACAAAACCAGGCGGCUGACCUACUUAAUUUGGGAACAAUGUACGCAACGUUGAAUGAUUAUGAUAAGGCCAUCAAGAUGUCCCAGAAAAGUCUUGCUAUCAGUAUAGAGAUCGGUAAUAAACGUCUUCAAGCAAAAUGUUAUGGUAGCCAGGGAAAUGUUUUGUUUAAUUAUUGUAACAAAUAUUCAGAAGCCAUUGUGUAUUAUCAGGAAUGCUUAGACAUUUCAAAAGAAAUCGAUGAUAAACAAUCACAAUCGGUCGCCUUAUUAAACAUUGGCAACUGCUUAAAUGAAUUACAUCGAUACGAAGAGGCGAAGAAUCAAUACGACAAUAGUCUUGCUCUUGCUAAAGAAUUAAAUGACAAAUAUAGUGAGGCAGAUAUUUAUCAUGCUAUUGCUAUAAACAAUAUUUGCAGAAAUCAAUUUCAAACUGCAUUACCUUUAUUGGAGAAAUGUCUUGAUAUCGCUUCGACUAUUGGCAAUAAAGAAUCUGAGGGUGUGGCAUGCUAUAAAUUGGGUGAAGUAUACUAUUCAUUACACAAAGAGAACCAAGGACAUCAAGCAUGUCAUAAUACUGAUGAUAAUAUAGCUAAAUCAGAGGAAUACUUGAGAAGGGCACUUGAUUGUUAUGACUUUUUGUUACUACAUCUCCAUCAACACGAUGAUUUCAAAGUCUCUAUUUUUGAAACAUUCAUUCAAGCGUACAAGCUACUCACCACCGUGCUAAUUGAGACAAGGCAACUACAAGAGGCUCUGUUAGUAUCUGAUGGUAGACGAGCACGUGCUUUAGGAGAUCGAUUGGUCUUCAAAUACGGUAUGAUUGAAAAAGAAAUGUCAUUACCUAAGCCACCAACCUAUCCUGAUGUGGAGGCGAUCUUCUUUAAAGAUGUCUUCUCGAUACUGCAUUACAGCUUACUAAGCAACAGUUUGGCUGUGUGGGUUUUAGCCAAAGACUCACUGAUGUUCAGAGAAACUGAAAAGGAACAAUUUGAUUCUGCCAUAGAAACAUUGACUCAAGAAAAGAAAGAUGAUGAUGAAAACUCCAUUAAACGUUUCUUUACUUCUACGGUUUCAAGAGCAUAUGAAAUGAUGAAAAUCCAAGAAAGCGUCACUUGUGAAAACAGAUCACUUGAUGAUUGCGUUACAUCGAAAGAUCGUGUCACUACAAAAGCUUGUGAAUCUCUGUCACGUGAUGAUGGUACCAAUGAAGAGACCCUCGAUAAAGCGUCUCACCCACUGGAAAUGUUGUACAAUUGUUUAGUUGCACCUGUCCUAUCAGACGUACGACACGACGAGAUU